AUACCAACUGUAGGUAUAGCAGGUGACUUGCUGGUGCCUUCAGAUCGAAUGGCAGAGUUAUCAUGACAACAGUGAGGUUAAGUCGAUUGAAACACCGCUAAGUUUUAUUUAAUAUUUAGCUAUUAGAAUUAAGCAAUGACGUAGACGUAAAUCAAGUUAUACAUGUAAAAAUAAAAAUUGUGAGAAAUCAGAACGAUCGAUAUGCUCGAGUCCUUGUCUGAUCAAGAAAAACAUUUGUACCAAAAUUUAUGUUUUGACACUGACUCAUACGCCUGAUUCGCUUUAGCUUAUGUAUAAACUAAGCUGAUAAUAAUAUCUUAUCAAAUGCCAAAUCUCAGCUAAUUAAGUAACGCGUUAUUUCGUUACGAAAGUCUUGCGAGGAAAACGAUCGAGGACUGCCAAAUCAUGCUUAUUUCAAGUUUAAUUCAACAAGCUAAUGAAAAAUGGUUCAAUGUUCAAAAGAAGACGACGGAAGGAGUGCAGUCGGCGAAAGAUGCCGUUUUUCGAGGUGGACUGAUAAUAAUUUGCGGCAUUCUCAUAGUAUGGAUAUCAAUUUUUUUGUAUACGGCUUUCUACUACGCUUACAUGCCAAGCAUGACCCAUGUGAGACCAGUUCAUCUGCAAUUUAAAUCAUGCGAUAAGGAAAAAGGAGUAUGCAGUUUUCCAUCGGCGUACGUUCAACUGACUAAGAAACAGCAACUGCUCAUGGUAGGACAGCCCUAUAAAGUUAAUUUAGAAUUAGAAAUGCCGGAAUCUCCAGCCAACAAGGAGCUAGGCAUGUUCAUGGUUUGUGCUCAGCUCCGAAGUCGAGACGGAGUACUUGUAAAACAUGCAUGUCGAACAGCCAUGUUACAUUAUCGUAGCACAUUAUUGCACCUUUUAAUGACUCUGACGUAUUCACCCAUGAUGAUAUUUGGUGCUCUUGAAGAGAAGCAAAGUAUUGUCUUGGAGCUGUUUGGAAACUUUGAGGAAGACCAAAGUCAUCCAGUGACAAUAGUCUACGUUGAAAUUCAAUCUCGUCACAUUGAAUUUUACUCAGCCACUAUUAUGAUAAAUGCUCAUUUGUCUGGACUACGCUAUUUGAUGUUUCACUGGCCCAUUUUGUCUGCCAUCAUCGGCAUCGGUACCAACUUGUUUUUCAUAGUUCUCAUAUGCAUCUUAUCAUACUUGCAUUUUGCUAGUGAAGAAGAAAAUGCAAAUGAAACUUUCAAUUAUGAAAAAGGAGAAACGGAAGAAGAAAAAGAUAUGAUACUGCCAGGCGAUCUUGGUUCAGACACUUCUUCUGUUGAGGAUACAUCGCUGUUGGAUGACAUUCCCAAGUCACAAGACGAUAGCCCGUCGCUAUCCUCAACCGAUCCCGUUUUGAGUAAAUCCAGUUACAUUCAAGAGAUUUCAUCUUUGAUAACUGAGUCAACUAAGGAAGAAUUGAACAAAUAAUCGUACGAAAUCCCUCUUUGUUAUGUAGUGUAUGUACAUAUGGUGGAGUUGAAGCCUUUGGGACUGCUUGUAUGGACGUUCGUGUUUUUGUACAGAUCAAUUAAGAUUUUGAUAACUUUAAUUUAGUCGAUACGAGCUGGAUCAACAACUUGUGAUACUUGUUUUUUAAAGUGUGUAUGAUUAAUUUUAUACAAUCUAUAAAAAUAAUAUUUUUGUUAAACUCGA